CAAGCUCAAAAAUCCGACAGCGGUAGUUAAAAGUUUCCCGACACGCCACACAGAAACUCUUUCGGGAGUUCACCUUUAACCACUCGAACGGUAGAAAGCAUGAGAAGUGCUUCACUCCGUGAUAAAUUUAGAAGCAACGCAGUGAAACCGCUUUACAAAAAAGUCAAACAUAACAAACAUAAUAAAAUACUAAUAACAGUUGAUAUAGAUAGUUCUUUUCAUCUCGAAGGCGAUGAUAUUAAUGUCAAAAGAAAAGUAAACAAACAUGGUGUUGUUAAUUUGAUUUCGGUUAAAACCAAACCAAAUGUUUUACCUGGCGCUUGUGAACCAAAUUCGAAUGAUGUAAAAAAUCCUGAAGUAAAAAUAGUUCGUGGUUUGUGGACUGAUGAAGUAAAACAGUUUAAAAUGUUGAAUGAUAGUGACAGAUUUCGUGAAAUUACUGAAAGAAAUAACGGUAUAAGUUAUAAAAUAAUGCAAGCGAAAAACAACUUUAUGGGUGUACAUAAAAUCCCAGACACGUGGCUGAGAGUGUACCCGCUGCCGAAGCUAGCAGAGGAGACCUUCGUCUCGGUGCUGUUCAGGUGUGUUGCCUGCCAACUGGGACUGUACUCUGUGCUCGUGUUAUGGACCAUUGCCUGGGUCUUCAUCAUACAUUGCUUUGAAGGUCCGUACGAGACGAAGGUCUCUAUAGACUUUGAAAAGGAACAGAAUCAACUGGUCAUUGAUCUCGCCACUGAACUAAGACAGAUAACCCCUCUAUCACCCAAGUGGAAGAACACGAUAAUCAAGCGCAUAGAGGACGAGCGCCAGUUGACUAUGCUCGCCAUCGGGAGAGGCGCCAAACUCCAUCCAGGACAGUUCUGGAAUCUAUCAGGAACGUUUCUUUUCACUGUGUAUGUCAUGACUGCUUUAGGUUUUGGCGCCCCGGUACCACAGACGCUAUGGGGCAGAACAUCAGCUUUAAUUUACGCUUUAUUAGCAGUACCAACGCAUAUAUAUCUUAUGGUUAACAUGAGUACAUGUGUUAACGUUCACGUGGAAUCAUUUAUAGACAGAUUAAGAAGGAAAAUUCAAGAUAAAAAUCCACUCGUGGAAGGAAAAACGGGUCUUGAUAAUAAAAAAGGGAGUCCUAACUGCAGCAGAAAUUCGGAAGUAUUAAAGACUUCAAAAAUGUGUAACUUUCGCAGGAAAAUCAUGCGUGUAAUCGGCGUACUGUUCGCAUGUCGCUGCGUACCUUUGGCAAUGACGGCGUACUACGUGACCGGCGCUGUUGCUUUUGGCGUACUGCGCGACAAAGAACCGCUCGAAGUGGUCAUGUUUCCGCUGGAGUUCACCACUAGUGGCGGGUUGGAACACGUAAAAAGUUUCGUGCGUGUACUGUACGGAUUUUACGUGGAAGGCGCCAUGACUUUGCUGGCCUGUAUGCUUGCCACCAUCAAACGACACAACAGCCCAGCCGUUAACUGCAUGAGCGAGAAAUACAGACUAUUCGAUAUUGAGAAAAUCGAAGACUGAAAUACUUACCGUCAAUUGUUUAUUUUGAAAUUGGAAUUUUUAAAUGACGAUACAACAUUUCUAUGGCAAACAUAUAUUUUGAUAAGUCCAUAGUUUUUAUUUAUAUCCACAUUGAGCUCGAAAAUGUACACUGUAGCAAAGAUAAUUAUAACACCGUAGUCAAAAUAUAAUAUCAACCAACUAGAGACGUGUAUGCCUCGAUUAGUUUCUGGCCCUCGACGCAGAGUUAUAAUAUAUAUGGAAACCUCGACGCUUAAUAAUGACAGCAUUAUUCUGGCAACAAAUAUAUCUCUACUCCAAAGACCAUAUAAACUACUGACAACACGCAUAACAAUGUCUGGGUGUAUAGUCAGUCAGAGAAUAAUAGAUGAAUUGCAUAUUUUUUUCCUUGCCAGUAAAAAUUUUUCUGUAAUGAAAUAAGCUAAAGAGGCUUUAAUUCGUGGCUCACGGCUGGUAAUCCGGAUAAUCGUAUAACUGUAAACUGAGGUUCGGAAAAUCGAAAUGAAAACACAACGGUUAUUGGAUACUGUCUUAUAGAAACGAGCCACUGCCAUUUUUGAUCUAUCUUAAAAAUUGGACCAAUCAAAACACAGGUUUUUUUGACAUGUUUUCAAAUGAGUUGUUCUGAUUGGUUCAUUCUCGGAAUCGGAUUGUAGAUUGAGAUUAGGAUCAUUUAAUGAAAAUAGCUGUACGUUGCAUAUUAAUUUUCAUUAUGUGUAGUAGUGGGCCAGUGGCCUCUGCAUUAUCAAGUCGGAUACAAAACAUCCAUAUGCAACAAACUAGAAAUUAUUAUUGUAGGGUAUUACUACAAAAAAAGGGGGCCCAUUUUAUUUCGUAGUGACCCCUAUAAUAUAAUAUGUAUUAUUAUCGGAACCUUAUAAAUAAAAAUACCAUUUUAAUUUCAUUGUUUAUUUAUCUACCAUUUCCUACAAACUAGUCAACGGCUAUAUACAGCAGUAAAUCAAUUGAUUCGUUUUUGUUUAGCUAAAUAUUUUAUUCGCAUGUUUGGAACAAUAUUCAAAAGUCAGCUAACAAAAAUUUGUUUUGUGAAAAAUCUUUAUUUUGCCCAUAAACCAUAUUAUCACAGAAUUGCUAAAACGCGUGCGCAAACGUUAUAGGAUGUUGUAUUUUUGGCAUACAAAAAUAGUUUAACAAAAAUAUUUCAGUUUGAGGCGAAUAUGUCUGGAAAGUAAACUGAUAUUGGAAUUAUUUUCUACGAGGAUUUAGCGUCUCGAGUCUUGCAUAUGCAAUAUAAAUAAGAACAGCAAUAAAAAAACCGCACCUGAACAUUUUUGUAUGUAAGUACAGUCGGGAAUAAUGUUUAAAUAUUUUCGUUUUUUUUACCACAAUGCUUUACACAUUUGUUACCAAAUGUAAACUGGCAAAGAUUUUGUACCAAUAGACUAAUAAUAAUUUAUCUAAUAAAUAUGCUUGAGUAUCA